AUGGCACGCGCGGGGCCGCGCCUGCGCGUGGCUGCGCGUGGAUUUAGUGCAGGUGGCGACUCUGGUGGCAGCUCGAGUGGCAAGAUCUUCGGCGGCUUCGCGCUGGGAGCACUAACGGCCUCUGCUGGCACCUAUGCCCUGGUGACGCAGAAGGUGCUGCCCGGUGUCCUCCCCGGCUCGCGCGACCCGGCGGUCCAGGAGCUUCCGGAGGUGAAGCUUGGAGCUAAGGCCAAGGUGGAGCCCACCACGCCAGCUCCGGUGCCCGAGGCGAAGGCUGCGCCGGCGGUGCAAGCUUCAGCACUUGCCAAGGAGGAGAAGCCACCGGAGCCGGUGAAGCCAGCGGAGCCCACAGCAGAAGAGAUCGAAGAGGCCAAGCGAAAACAAGAGCUGCAGCAGAUGCUGGAGUCCCAAAGUGCCGCGAUCGCGUCGAUGGCGCAAAGCAGCCUGAAGCAAGUGGACCAAGCCCACCAGAGCGGUCAUCAGCGGAGGGAAGAGGCCCUGGUGCGAUUGAAGCACUCCCUAGAGGUGGGCGACUUGACGCUCAUGGCAGAGGCCUUGGCAGAAGCAAAGGCUGCACACGUGCCCAGUGCACGAGCUGAAAUGCAGCUUGCUGAAGGCCUGUGCAGUGGAGACCAGGAGGUCUCUGUGGACGAUCUGCUGGAGAUCUCUGAGGACUUCCGGGAUGCCCAAGAGGCCAAGGCCAAGGAGCUGGAGCGAUGCCAAGGGAAGAGCCGCAAGGAGUUGGAGGAACGGAUGGUGGAGCUGACCCGAAUGUUGGCCAAUGCACGGCUGCAUUCGAAGGCACGCUUGGAGCAGGCCCUCCAGAGCAAGCUCACACAAGAAGAGCUCAGGUCAUUGAAGGGGCUUUACGCUUCCUUGAAGGAGGCGGAGAAGGACUUCGACCAGGCGGCGGAAGUGGAGUUCGAAGAGUUGAAACAACAGCUGCGGCGAGACCAAGAGGAGCCCCGUGCGAGCGUGCGUUCUGGAACGCGGCGGAGCGUGGCUCCAGGGACGUGA